GCUAAGUACCACUCUGGAGAACGUGAAGAUCGAAAGUGAAAGUACCAGCAAUUUUCUGAAUGUUGCGACUCAUUGCUUCGUUAUUUUCGGAUAGUUUGGCCACUAAAGACUGGUUUCAGAUCGGAUCGACCUCCUGGACUUGAAUCGCGUCUAAAACGCCUCGUCGACAGGAAGAAUCCACCUCCGAGUGUUUUUUUUUUUGGCGGAUAUAUUUCUGACACCUUGGAUUUACAUAGACACAAUGGAUAAUCGGUUGAUUCACUGUUGGUUUCUAGCGCUUCUUUUUUGGCCAAGCUGUGCAGCUCCUGUUUCAGGGUCUUUCACGGUUUCUGUUAGGUCUCCAAUCUCCGUCCAACGAGGCCAUACAGUCACCUUACCCUGCUGGCUCAGUUCCUCUCAGAGUGCAGAGGAUCUGGAGAUACGCUGGUACAGAGAGAGGGAUCAGUUUGACACUCCCAUCCUGCUUUAUAAGACAAAAGCUUUUGACCAUACAUCCCAGAAAGCUUCGUACGCUGGCCGAGUCUCGUUUGGCUUAAAGGAAGGAACAUCAGGCAGAUUAAAGACAGGUGACGUCAGCCUCAAUCUGGAAAACGUCACAGUUGAAGACAUAGGAAACUACACUUGCUUUGUCAGCAGCUUUGAGGAUUACGACAGUGCAGUUAUUAGUCUGAGAGUGACAGAAACUGGAAGCCCCCCUCUCCUUUCAGCAGUAAUGAAACACAAUAAUGAAGUUAAUGUGAGCUGUGAAUCUGAAGGCUGGCUGCCAAAGCCUGAGCUGCGCUGGUCAGAUAGGAAAGAAGCUCUCACUCCUGCUGAUGUGUCGUUUGGUAAAAACUCCGCUGGUCUUUAUUCAGUCCACAGUUGGCUUCUCGUCCCGAGUUCAUUUGAGGUCUCCUGCUCUGUUGGGCUCUCCAAUGAAGUGCCAAAGAGUGCCAGAAUGAAAACGUCUCCAUCAUUCCAAGACGAGUCAGGAUCCUUCUCAGCUGGAUGGUUGGCCUUUGGGAUACUUCUGGCUGCUGGAGUAGCUGCAGUUGGAGCACUGUACUUCCUGUACUUCAGAAAGAAAACUAAUAAGCACAAAUCAGGAAAUGACGAACCUGAUGGGACAAAACGAAAGAACAGCACUGAAGAGAGUCAACCCCUUUUGUCUGAAGCAACACCUCUAUCAGAGGUUUCAAAAUGUUACGUGAAUGUUCAACUGGAGGACAAACACAAUCAGCUAGUAAUAAUCAAGGGUUCUAUACUGAGAGAUGCCCAUGUUACGUUUCCAGAUGGAGACAGAGUUACCUGUCUCACAGCAGUCAGAGGAAAACCUGGCUUCUCUUCUGGACAACACUACUGGGAGGUUUCCUUAGCGCGUGAAAAAGUAGACGUCAAGAAGUCCUGGUGGGUCGGAGUUACGGAUAGACAAGAAAUCCCGAAUCAUGAAAGUUUGCCUCCAACCAUAAAAAAUGGUUUCUGGUUCCUGUCUUCUUGCCCCAACCAGGAGCAUACUGUUCAGUUUAGCACUGAAGCAGAGGUGUCUUUCCCUAUCCAGUCAAGACUAAAAACGGUCGGUGUGCACUUGGACUGCGAUGAAGGAAAACUCUCCUUUUAUAAUGUGGAAGGUAAAUGUCUGAUUGGAUCUUUGGCAACUAAAUUCACCGGGGAACUGUUCCCACUUUUUAACCCUGGUAAAGGUGAUACAUCACCUAUGGCGGUAUUACAUCGAUCUGGGCUAGAUCAGUCAAAUAACACUGCUCAGGUGGAGAAAUUACAGAACGCUGAGCCGAAUCAUUGAGGUAGGACUGAGAACUCAGAGGCAGAAAGUGGUAAAUUGAAAGAAAAUGUUGUGUAACAUAAAAUGAACCUGCUGUACUCAUAGUUACAGUAAGUACAACAUACAUUUUGGAGCCUUUUUAGGUAAAAAAACAAAACACUGACCCAGAGUAAGAUAGGACAUAGUUACAGAAAAACACAAUUUAUGCUAAACACGUAAAUUUUCAAAACUUUAAUUCACGUCAACUUCAUUGGUUACCAUUUAUUGAUGACCCAACUGUUUAUCAGUAAGUAAUGGGUCCGUCCAAACUCAGUACUGCUAAAGCUGGUAUUAGUGGGGUGAUUCAAACUAAGACAACGUGUUGAUUAAUGUUAAACAUCUUCUAUCGUUUGACUUGUGGAGUUUCUGUUUCUGCAGUUAAAGUCGACUACCUUUUCAAAACUAAAAGACUCUAAAAACUGUUGAAUUCAGAUAAAUCCAACAAAGAAAACCUUCUGCUCCAAAGAAAAUUUGAUCAGUUCUGUGAUGUUUCUCCAAAUAUGAAUUAUUAUUUCUCUAUUAUCACCAGUGCCAGCCUCUGGUCUUAAAUCUGCAUUUCUUUAAAGCUCGGUUUCAUAACUGAUAACACAACGACCCAAUCAAUCAGUCAAUCAACACAUAUUGCUUUCUCUGAGUAUUACAUUAUUCUUCUUGACUGGUACAACAACUGUACUAUUGUCCUUGGUCUAUGUAUAGAUUCAUAUAUAUACGACGUUUUAAUAUGUGGCACUCCCAAGUGAAUAUUAACUAGUUAUAGUUAACCUGAUUUUCUACUGUUUUUCAAGUGAUUUAAUGAAGUUCAGAUGAACAUGUUUGACUUUGACACUAAGCUUAGCGUACUAAACUGUUAUAAAACUGACUGACCUUUUUUGUUUAUGUUACUCAUUAGGGUACUAAGACAACUUUUAUAUUAACUGUCAUAAAUAUGUUAUGAAUGAUCAGCUACACAAAGCUGCCUAUUCUAUCUACAAUCUAAAGAAUGUAUGUACUUGUUCUCUCUUAGAGUUUUUAUAUUUGCUAUCAUUGUGACUUUUUGUAUGCUAAUGUGAGUUUGAAUUAACCUAACAUGUUAAAUA